UUCAUAGAACUGCGCACGUUCCGAUUGCUGAGUCCUUCAAUUGUAAUUCGAGUUCAGUAGUGAACAAUGGUUGACUUGGUGAGGGCGAUUUUGCUCUUUGCCUACUGUUAUGGUCUCUUCGUGGGAGUAUUCAACUUCGAGGUGGAUUGGCUGACGGGAGUGGCCAAUGCCAGUCGAAGAACUACUAUCUAUGCAGCUGUGCAUAAUACAAGUCUUAUCACUCUGCUGAUUUGGCUCUGUCUUCGCCAAAAUUCGCUGAUAUCGGAGUUGGGAACCGCUCGAUAUCUGCAUGAGUACUUCUUUUUGGUCAUGUCUGCGGUUCGGAUCUUUGCAGUGCUGCUCUCACUGCUGACCAGAUGGUAUCAGCGUCGUCGAUUCAUCAGAAUGUGGAACCAGAUACUAGCCCUGGUCCGCGACAGACCUCAGGUGAUUCGAGGGCGCUGGUAUCGACGCAGCAUUAUCCUUAAGUUUGUGUCCUGUCUCCUGUCGGAUACGCUGCACACGAUAUCGGAUGUGAGUGCGCAACGAAAGCGGAUUACUGCUGACCUCAUUAUCAAAUUCAGCUUACUGGCCACCCUGACCACCAUUUUCAACGUGAUCGUGUGCCAGUACUACGUGGCCAUGGUGCAAGUGAUUGGGCUCUACAAGAUUCUGCUCCAAGAUCUGCGAUGCUUGGUCCGCGAGGCUGAAUGCACCUGCUCCAUGCGCAAUCGUCGCGGUGGAGUUUACUCCAUUAAAUGCUGCUCGCUGGCAGAUCAGCUGGAUCUGAUUGCCGAGAGGCACUACACUCUGCGGAACAGACUGGAUGAGAUGUCGGAGCUUUUCCAGAUUCAGAGCUUAAGCAUGAGCUUGGUGUACUUUUUCUCCACCAUGGGCUCCAUCUACUUUAGCCUCUGUUCGAUUCUAUACGACUCCACAGGAUUCGGCUCCACGUAUUGGGGUCUUCUCCUUAUUGUCUUGUCAACUGCCUCCUUCUAUAUGGAUAAUUGGGUGUCCGUAAACAUUGGCUUUUACAUUCGCGAUCAGCAGGAUGAACUAGUACGCGUGCUUUCAGAGCGAACUCUGUUCAGCCGAGAAUUGGACAAUCGACUGGAGGCAGCCUUUGAGAACUUCCAGCUGCAACUGGCCAGUAACCGCAAUGAAUUCUACGUCAUGGGUCUCUUCAAAAUGGAACGUAGUCGUUUAAUCGCUAUGCUAAGUUCAGUCAUCACUCACUCUAUGGUUCUGGUUCAGUGGGAAAUUCAGAACAAGGGAUCCUAAUUAGAGA